AUGGCUGUCGAUUUGACGUCCGACAUUAGGGUUCUGGUGGGGGUGCGCGACGACCAGCAUUGCCGGCAGGCGUUAGAAUGGACGAUCAGCGAGUUCAGCCGGCGACAAGACAAAACCGUCUGCCUCUUGCUCACGCACGUGGUCACCGAGCUCCGCAACUCAGCGGGAAAGCUCGUUCGUCUGAGUGAGGCAGACGGCCCCAGUGUAGCGGUGCACAUCUGCGACUGCGUGCUGCCGUUUCUAGAGGCCAUGCAGGACGUCAGCGACGAGGCUGGGUUACCAUCAACGGUGCAUGUGAUCAAGAACGAGGACACGGGAGCAGCCAUUCUCGAGGCAGCAACGAAGCUGGAGGCCACCCACAUGGUGCUGGCUUCCUCUGCCGGCAAGGGCGCGAGCCAGUGGCACACCAUCAACGCAUGUUCAGAUGAGUCGAAACUGCCGCCCGGAGCAACGCUCUUCCUCAUUGAAGACGGCAAGAAGCUCAAAUCCAUCUCCUCGGGACAGCCGCCCGCUCCCACCACGGCGGGCACAGCAGGGUAUGCCACACCAGCGUACGAGCAGCAGCUGCCAGACAUACAGGAGGGGGGCAGCGGCACACAGGAAGCUUCCAGCCCCUCCUCCUCCACCCCUGCUACUGUUUUAGGAGCAGGAGGCGCAGGAGGAGGAGCAGCAGCAGCACCAGGAGCAACAGCAGCAGCAAGUAAAGCCAGUACCAGUGGUGCUUCUGCUGCUGGUGCUGCUGCUGCUGCUGCUGCUGGUGCUGCUGGUGCCGGUGCAGUAGGGGCGAGUGGGGGAGGGGGUGGGGGAGCAGGAGACGAGGGGCUAUCAGCCUUAGAGCUAGCCCGGCGGAACUAUCGCCUGCAAGCAGCUGCCAAAGCCCAAGCGGCGGAAGAAGCAGCUGGGGGGGGCGCAGGGGGAGCGGGGGGAGCGGGGGAAGGCGCGGGGGGAGGCGCAGGGGGAGGGGCAGGGGGGGGCGCAGGGGGAGGAGCGCCGGGGAAGGGGAAGGGGAAGGUAAAACCACCUGUAGCGGCAAAGGAUUUCAAGCAGUACACACUUGAAGAGCUGCAAGCGGCCAUGGAUCAUUUCUGGCCGAACAACGUGUGUGGCGAAGGCAGCUAUGGGGUGGUGUACAAGGGGUGGCUGGAUGGGCAGGCCGUGGCGAUUAAACAGCUCAAGAACCCCGAUGCUCAAGCAGCACUAGAUGAAAUCGACCGGGAGGUGGAGGUACAAAAACGCAUAGACCACCCCAAUGCAGUGCGUCUCCUGGGCUACUGCAGGGAGGACCGCUCGCUGGUCUACGAGUUUCUCUCCAACGGCUCUCUGGAGGAUCGCAUGCUCUGUGUUGGUGGGACUCCCCCCCUCAUGUGGCCCGAGCGCUGCCGCAUUGCCAUGGAGGUAGCAGCGGGGUUGCAGCAUCUGCACACGCGCAAACCGCCCAUAGUCCACCGAGACGUGAAACCCGCCAACGUGCUGCUAGACGACAACUUCACCGCCAAGCUCGGCGACGUGGGGCUGGCUCGCCUCAUGGGCGACCUCGCUCCCGGCCACUCCCACGUGGUGCGGAAAUCCGUUAUCGUUGGCACAGAACAUUAUGUAGACCCCGAGUAUCUAUGCGCGAGACGAGGCUAUCUCGGGCCGAAAUCCGACGUGUAUUCGUUCGGGAUCGUGCUGCUGCAGUUGUUGGUUGGAGAUGUGCCGAACCCACGGAGGAUAGAUGCUGCGGUGGAAAGGGAGGAGCUGGCCGUGCUGCUCGAUCCGAGGGCUGGGGAGUGGCCGCCGAAUCUUGCGAUGGAUCUGGCGAAUCUCGGCCUUUGGUGCGCGGAAAUGGACCGCCGAGAUCGGCCGGAUCUGACGGAGGAGGUGAUCCCGGCGCUGUUGGAGAUUUGUGAGGCGGCGGCGGAGGCUGUGGUGGAAUGGGAGGGGAAGCAGGAGGCGGUGAGGGAGAGGCAGCGGCAGGUGCGGGAGCAGAAGGAGCGGGAGAAAGAGAGGAGGGAGGAGGAGGCGCGGAAAGGGAAGGAACGGCAGGAAGCGGGGGAAGCUGCGAGGAAAGAGCAGGGGGUGGGGGGUGGUGGUGCAAAGGGGAAGGCUGGGGAAGGGAAGACAGAUGCGAGUGGUGAGGGGAAGGACGAUGGUGCUGCAAAGGCACAGGGCGGGUGCUGUGUGUUGUUGUGA